GGGCAUAAAAAAGAAGGGUAAAAACAACCUCGUCUAGUUGCUUAGAAAUCACGUUUCUUUUAUUUUCUUUCAUUCCCCCAUAAGGCUUAAGCCAAUGCUAUGCUAAUGCCACCACCUAUUUAUUGCCCUUAGGCUUCUCAUGCUGUUUCCUUUCUAAAUUUCUCUCACUUCACCUUCCAUGGCACCUCUCACUUCCCCUUAGCUUUCCACCAGAAUUCUGUUUCUCUCAUUUCUCUUUUUGGUUUGCUUUCUCCGCUUGCUUGCUUCUUCCGUAUACUCUCUCUCUCUCCUUCACAAUUCUCAAAGAUUAACGGUUUUCCUUCCUUUUCUCUUCUCAACCUUUUUUUUCAUCAUCACAAAGUUUUGGUUGAGCUCAUCAAACCUGUUACAGAGCCAAACCCCCUGUUUCCUUUUUUUUUGAUGGAAAACAAUUGUGGAAUUAUGAAGAGGGAUGAAUUAAUGGAACUUCCUCCCGGAUUUCGAUUUCACCCCACCGAUGAAGAGCUGAUCACUCAUUAUCUGUGCAGAAAGGUUAUCGACAGCAGCUUUUCCGCCAUAGCUAUUGGUGAGGUGGAUAUGAACAAGGUUGAGCCCUGGGAAUUGCCAUGGAGAGCGAAAUUGGGGGAAAAGGAGUGGUAUUUUUUCUGUGUUAGGGAUAAGAAAUACCCGACGGGGCUGAGGACGAACAGGGCCACCGCCGCCGGCUACUGGAAAGCCACCGGAAAAGACAAAGAGAUUUUCCGCGGGAAAAUCCUGGUCGGGAUGAAGAAAACCCUCGUCUUCUACCGUGGAAGAGCUCCCAAGGGCGAGAAAUCCAAUUGGGUGUGCCAUGAAUACAGAUUGGAAGGCAAAUUCUCUCAGGAUAAAGCAGCAAAGAACGAUUGGGUGAUCAGCAGGGUGUUUCAAAAGACCUCUGGAGGGAAAAAGGUCCACAUAUCCGGUCUCGUGAGGAUGGGCUCCGCCGCAGCGGCGCUGCCCCCUCUCAUGGACCCCUCCCCUUACCACAACGGCGAGCCGGAAUCGGGCCACGUGCACUGCUUCUCCAACACCGAUCCAAUCAAAAUCCAGGAAAACUUUAUGAACGCCAGUUUUCCGAUUCCGCCAUCUUCCUCGGAUUCUUUCUCCCCUGCAUUUCCGUGGGGAAACGGAGUCGGAUUCCAGUAUCCGGCGUCGGUUCCCCUGCAGGAUCCGGCCAUUCUCAGGCAAUUUCUCGCCAGCUACGGACACAACAUGAGCUACGGAUUCAAGAACAAGAAGGAAAUUGUUAGCAUGUCGCAGGAGACUGUGUUGAGCACUGACAACUCUUCUGUCGUGUCCAAUCUCGAGACCGGAAAGAGGCCGUUUCAGGAGCAGGAGAAUGCAGUUGAGCCCCAGGAUUUAGACUGCAUUUGGAGUUACUGAUCACUGCAAAUUUAACAACGAAUCCCAGUAGAAAAUGGUGCAGUAAGUGUAUUAUUUGGGGGCUUAUCAUUUCUUGGGGCUUAUGAUUGGUAAUUUCUCUUCUUUUUAUUUUGUGAUCUGCUUUCUGUUUUAAUGUAAUACUUGAACCUUAUUAAAUUUUUUAUGAAGAUAGAGAAAAGAAGCAAUAUGUCGCAGUUUAGUAGUAUAA